AUGAACAGAAUGAAUACUACUAGUACUACUAGUACUACUAGUACUACUACUACUACUACGAAUCCAUUAAUAUGGAAUCAAUUAAUGCAUUAUAUCACAAAUCAUAAACAACAACAAACCAUCAAUAAUGAUCAUAUGGAUACAAAUAUACUUAAUCAUUCUUAUUAUCCAUCUAUGAAUUCAAUAGGAAUUAUAUCAAAAGAUUCAUUAUCAUCAAUUGAUUAUGAUUAUGUAAAUAAUAAAGAACAAAUGAAUACUGCAACUAUGAUGACAAUGAUUAUGAAUUCAGACUUGAUGAUGUCAAUGUCUAAUACAAAACAAAAUACUGUGAGUAAUAAACAUAAUAAUAAUCAACUGUUAACUUCACUUGCAUCAUCACCAAUCACAACGAAUACAACAUCUACAUCAUUGUCACCAACGACUUCAGUUUAUCAUCAUCAUCAUCAGUAUUAUCAUCAAACAUCUCCAUCUUCUUCACCUCUUUCUCCUCUUCCAUCACUUCAUCAUCAACAUCGUUAUCAUCAUAAUCAUAAUCAUUUACAUGUUAAACGUCCAAUGAAUGCAUUUAUGGUAUGGUCACGUGGUCAACGACGUAAAAUGGCUCAAGCUAAUCCAAAAAUGCAUAAUUCUGAAAUAAGUAAACGUUUAGGUAUUGAAUGGAAAUUAUUAACAGAUAAUGAAAAACGUCCAUUUAUUGAUGAAGCUAAACGUUUAAGAGUGAAUCAUAUGAAAGCAUAUCCAGAUUAUAAAUAUAGACCAAGAAGAAAACUAAAACAUUCAAGAAAACAAGAAAAAUUUACACAAUCACAACCAUCACUACCACAACAACCACCACCACCACUACCUAUUCAAGAUAUUACUUAUCAACUUUAUGGUACAACUCAUGGAUUAUCACAUUAUUCUUUAUUAAAUGGAUCAUUAAUUAAUCCAUCUCUAUUACCUUCAUUUCCAAUAUGUGAUGAUCAAAAAGCAAUUCAUUUAUUGAAUAAUUUAAGUAGUAUAUUCACGGAUCAAUAUAGUGAACAUACUACUGAUAGAUUGAAUACAUUUAAAAGUAUAGAAAGUAAUUCAUGUAUGACAAUUUCAAAACCUACUAAUGUAAUGGAUACAAAUCAUGGUAACUAUAGUUACAAUUGUGAACAACAACAACACCACCACCAUCAUCGACAACACCACCACCACCAACAACAACAACAACAACAACAAUUAAUAUUAAAUAAAACAAAUUCAUUAGAAUUAAACAAACCAACAUUUAUGCUUUCACGUUUAUUAGAUAAAAUAAGUAAUAAUAUAGAGAAUAAUGAUUCAAUUAGAGAAGUGAUGACAACAUCCACAUCAACUAUGAAUAAUACCAUUGAUACAUUGAUUUAA